AUGCAGUGGCAGCGGGCGCUGGCGCUGCUGAGCGAAAUGUGGGUGGCGAAGUUAGUACCCGACGCCACCAGCUACAACGCUGGGAUCAGUGCGUGCGACAGAGGCAUGCAGUGGCAGCGGGCUCUGUCGCUGCUUAGCGAGAUGUGGGAGGCGAGAGUAAUGCCCGACUCGAUCAGCUUCAGCGCUGGAAUCAGGGCUUGCGACAGAGCCGGGCAUGGGCAACAAGCAAUUUGGUGGCUCACCGCGACGCGGGAAGCGAAGUUUGGGUGUAACGACGCUAGCUUCAGUGACGCAAUUAUCACUGCGAUGCGCAGAUCAAUGUUGAGCAGGUCCUCUUAG